CCUUGCAACCUCCCCAGCGCUUAGAACAGCGCUUUGCACAUAAUGAAGCUGCAUCUUUUGACUUAGGAGAAAAGGUUGUCUCUGCCGAGACGAGCGGAAGAGCGUUGGUUCUGAGACUUUAGGAUGGAAAACCUGCACGAAGGAAUUGAUUCAAGUACUGGUGGUGAGCACCGCGCCGCUUUUGGUCUCUGGACUCUCCCCGUCAUAUUCCUACUGAAGCAAGUGCCAAGGAAGACAAUGGGCAGCACAGUGCGAAAGUGUGCCGCAUCCUGGGGGCCAAUUGGAGCCAUGAAAAGCUCCCUGCAGCAAUGGCGAAGGGCUGCCACGCUGAUGGUGGCCUCUCGUAGGGGCCAGGGCCUUCCCCAGGGUAGCAGCAGCAGCAUCAUCAGCAGUUGCCCCGGUAACCAGGAUUACCAGGUGCUUCUGCUGCAACGCAGCGGGCACAGCCACUUCAUGCCCGGGGCCUCCGUCUUCCCCGGAGGCGUCUUAGCAGAAGCAGACAGGGCCCCGGACUGGCUGGAGGUCAUCCGGCCCCACCACGGGCCUCCCUUCUUCGGCCUGGGCCCGGUGAAGCAGCCGAGAGGUGCCCCCAUCCCCGACCAGGUGGCCUUCCGCAUCUGUGCCAUCCGAGAGACUUUCGAGGAGUGUGGGAUCCUCCUGCUGCGACCCCAGCCCCCCUCGGGGACGGUGGAAAGCCCCCCAGUUUGGCGGCUGCCCCAGGCCUUCCAGCCCUUUCUGGAGCUGGCCCCUUGGCGAGCCAAAAUCCAGAAAGACCCUUCCCAGUUCCUGCAGCUCUGCCGCCACCUGGACUGUGCCCCCGACAUCUGGGCCCUGCAGGAGUGGAGCAACUGGCUGACCCCGUUUCUGAAAAGAGAAGGAAAGCGCUUCGACACCUUCUUUUACGUUUGCUGCUUAGAGGGGAGGCCCCAGACCUUCCCGGACAUGCAAGAAGUGGUCAGCCUCCAGUGGUUAUCUCCGACUGAAGCGAUUGAAAAAUUCACAUCUAAAGAAAUAUGGCUAGCACCACCUCAGUUCUAUGAGUUGGCAAGAUUUUGCAACUUUUCUUCUCUCUCCGAUCUCCACCGAUUUAGUUUGGAUCGUGCUUUAGAAGGAUGUGAAAGAUGGAUGAUUAUCACGUUGUCGGCCUCAGAUGGUAUUAUACAACUCUUACCAGGAGAUGAACUGUAUCCUGAAAAUACCAUUUUAGAAGACAACAAUUUGUCAACAAAAAAGAAGAUUGAAGAGAUCAUGAAAGAUGCCAAAAAGAUGCACAGAAUAGUGCUAUAUGAGCGGCACCGUUAUAAUAUUCAUAUUACUAUCCAGGCAAAAUAUAAACACAUUCACCCACAGUGUAAGCUGUAGAAACAUUUGAAGUCUGUACUUAAAGAUUAUUCUUUGUAAAUUAAACCUUAAUUUUGAUGCAAAGUAAGUUAUAUCGGCCACAUUAUAGUGCGAAGAAGAGUUUGUAAGAUAAUAAAGUGCCGUUUGUGGGCAGGGAACAUGUCUACCAACUCUCUUGUAUUCUACUCUCCCGAGCACGGAGUGCAGUGCUCUUCAAACGGUAAGUACACAGUAAGUUCCGUUGAUGGAUUGACGGGGGCAGAUAUAUUUUAAAAAUAAAUUUUAUCCUGGAAAAUUGAAUCCAUACCUACCAGGGGCAAGUUUUACUUUAAAUGUCAAGUUAAGGUUAGCAGAGUUUAUCUUGGGAAGUCAUGUCAUGUUUUGGGAGCCAACAGUCUACCUCGGAGUUCUCCCCCAGAUAUUAGUGGUGAUAUUAAGCAUGUUUCUUGAUUGAAAGGUCACACUUCAGGGCUUUAUCAUGUUGUUC